AUGUAUACCUAUUCCAAGUAUGGUAGCCGUUUGCCUACCUCAAAAGUUUAUGCUCCGCCUUCACUGAUCAACAAGCCUCCUAAAGAAAAGAAGAAGGAGAAACCCAGACUGGAGCCUAAAAGGGUCAAUGCCCCCUUGCCUGAAGGAGCGUGUCCGAAGAAAAAGCCGUUUGUCAAUGAUUACCAAAACGACUACGUUCAUUCCAGACAACCCUCUACUCAAUACGUGAGAAAUGUCGACUGUCCUACGGAGGGGUACCCCAAGUUGAAGAAGUUGAAGGAAUUGAAACAGCAGCAGGUUGACAGACAUGCUAUCAAACCAUAUGGCGUACGCAUUGACCCCAGACAAAUUGUGCCAAUGUUGAACAGCUGGGUCCGCGACCAUGCAUUUCAAUUCGACGUUAUCAUGAUCGGGGCUUUGGUUGAGAAUCAGUUCUUGUUGCCGCUUUUAGAACUGUUGCCAUUGUAUAAGCUCUGUGCCAAACCGGGCUUUCUUUUCAUCUGGACCAACACUGCCAACAUCAAGCAGUUGUCGUUUCUUCUCAACAGCGAGAAAUGGAACAAAAAGUUCAGAAGGUCUGAGGAGCUUGUUUUUGUUCCUGUUGACGAAGACAGCCCAUACUUCCCGGGACGCGUCAACGAUGGCUUCUACCACGGAGAUUUUCUCGGCAAGAAACCCAAUGGGAACGGGGAGUCGUUGUUCAAGAGAACUCAAUGGCACUGCUGGAUGUGUAUCACAGGCACCGUGCGGAGAUCCACCGACGCCGAAUUGAUCCACUGCAACAUCGACACGGACUUGCAAAUGUCGCCAAAGGGCAGUCCCGGCAUCGCGUACAAUAAUGCUGUCCCGGAGGCUAUCUACAAAGUGGCGGAGAACUUCUCCAAUUCAAAUAGGCGGUUGCACAUUGUGCCAUGUCGCACGGGCUACAAGGUUCCGGUGAGGAUGAGAAGAGGGUGGGUGGUUGUGCUGCCCGACGUGCUUGUCGACAAUUUCAACCCAGAGGAGUAUGAGCAACAGAUCAAGGCCAAGCUGACGGUCAAGCAAAAAACCAUCAAUUCGGGAGGCGUACGCCAAGUACAACAAUACUUGGUGCCGCAGACCCGGGAGAUUGAGGGAUUGAGGCCCAAGAGUCCUUCGUGA